AUGCAGCUGGAUAGCAUCACCAAUGGGAGCGUCCACACCUUCCAGGGGCACCGCGGAGUAGCCAAUAAGCCCAACGUGAUCCUGCAGAUAGGGAAGUGCAGGGCUGAAAUGCUGGAGCAUGUCAGGAGGACCCACCGGCACCUCCUCACGGAGGUGUCCAAGCAGGUGGAGCGGGAGCUGAAAGGCUUGCAGAAAUCAGUGGGGAAGCUAGAGAAUAACCUGGAGGACCAUGUCCCAUCCACGGACAACCAGAGGUGGAAAAAGUCCAUCAAGGCCUGCCUGGCCAGAUGCCAGGAGACCAUUGCCCACCUGGAGAGGUGGGUUAAGAGGGAGAUGAAUGUCUGGAGGGAGGUGUUCUUCCGCUUGGAGAAAUGGGCAGACCGGUUGGAGUCUAUGGGGGGCAAAUAUGGCCCCCCGGACCACGCCAGGCAGACUGUCUCCGUCGGGGUGGGCGGCCCGGAAAGCAGGGGCAAUGAGGGGGAGAUUUACGAUUACGCCCUUGACAUGAGCCGGAUGUAUGCAUUGACUCCCUCUCCCGGGGAGAUAACUAGCAUGCCCCAGCCCCACGACUCCUACCAGUGGAUCACUGCCCCGGAGGAUGCUCCGGCCUCCCCGGUGGAGACCCAGAUCUUUGAGGACCCCCGGGAAUUCUUGAGCCACUUGGAGGAAUAUUUGAAGCAGGUGGGAGGGACUGAGGAGUACUGGCUCUCUCAGAUCCAAAACCACAUGAACGGCCCAGCUAAAAAGUGGUGGGAAUACAAGCAGGACUCGGUCAAGAACUGGGUGGAGUUCAAGAAGGAGUUCCUGCAGUAUAGUGAGGGCACUUUGACCAGGGAUGCCAUCAAACAGGAGCUGGAUCUACCCCAGAAGCAGGGGGAACCCCUGGACGAGUUCCUCUGGCGUAAGAGAGACCUGUAUCAGACACUCUACACUGAUGCAGAGGAGGAGGAAAUUAUCCAGUAUGUGGUAGGCACCCUCCGACCCAAAUUCAAGCGCUUCCUGAGUCACCCCUUGCCCAAGACCUUAGAGCAGUUGAUCCAGAGGGGGAAGGAAGUCCUAAGUGACUUCGACCAGUCAGAAGAGCCGACCCCGCAGAGAACCCCAGAGCAUCAGCCAGGGGACUUGGUUGAUAGCUUGUCACCUUCAACCACAGCUAGUCCCAUUACCAGCGAUGAGACGCAACCCGAGCCCCCUACCCCACCAGCUACGGUGAUAUGA